AUGUCUGAAUUGCUUGAUUCCUCAAGUAUGAAUGCCCUUUUACUUGCUAUCGAUAGGUCGUUCUUAAGAUCGAAUCUAGAGCCACUACCGGAGAUCACAAAGGAACUAUCUCCAUCAGACCAAGAAAGGAGACGUCAGGUUGAUUUAUGGAAGGCUAGCAAGAGCACAUUACUACAGGAUGCACACGUUCAACGUGCCAACAACCAGGAGAACAACUGCCAGGAUAGAAAGUUCAGCCAGCUCACCAACGAUCUACUUGGUUUGCUUCCUCCUAACACCAAGACCAAGGAUCUAAAAGAACAAAUCGACUCAAUCUGGGAUGACGCAGUGAGACUUGACAUGGCUAUGAACACACAAGCCUCAGGAUUAUAUAUGUAUUAUGGAAAUCGCCACAAAGAGCCCAUGAGAUUAGAUGAUACAAGGAUGGAGGUGGAAAUGGAAGGAAACAGUGCUGCUCUAAACAGUGACGCUGUGACUUGUGUCUUGGCAUCUGCUUUAGAGAGAAGGGGCGAGCCUGAUGGUACCCGCUUGGCUUACCGUACAUUCUUGGUCAAGAUGCUAGUGUUAUGUCAGAGUGGAGGUAUGACAUCACAAGGGGAAAGUUCUGUGAAGAGAGAACAUACUAAAGAACAUACCCGUUCAGCUGGUAUAAGGAGCUCUUUUAGUUCUAAGAAAUAA